AUGACCUGUUGGGCUUCAGACGGCGAAGAAACGUUUCUUAUGCCACUGAAGAAAAGGAAACAGCUGCCGUGUCCGGGCGACGRUCAGUCGUUGCAUGAAAAAGGGUGCAAAACGGGCCCAAACAAGAGCGCCGCUCUCAGGCCCGGCAGGCGUAGCGGACGUGAAGAAGAAGYCGAYGACCUAGAGCCAGAGACAAGCUCCGGACCUCGUUUCGAGGACUCAGUCGAGUGGCAGUCGACCAAGACUGUGGCAGAGGGCCUCUUCCGGGCAUUGGGCCAACACUACGACCAACCGUGGUUCCCGACCGUGGUCAACGAGUGGUCCGCGCUAUACUACCAGUGCAACCAUGCGGCCGAUUACUGGGAUGCCUGGGACGAGUGGCUGGCCGGCGACGAGGAGGUCAGACUGGCCGUCUGGUCUGAAGUGCUUAGACACCGGGAACAGCACGAGAGACAGCUGGAUCAGCUGAACCGGAACGUGUUGUAUGACACCGGCAAGUGCAAUCCAAACGCCGACUUGAUGGACGUACACGACGGAAGUGCCGCUGAGGUAACGGAAAACCACGGGAGCCCGAACAAGGCUAGCGAUCGAUUUGACCUGCUGCACAAGAAUGUAGAAAAGUACUACGAGAAGGAUCUAUCAUCAAACGAAGAGAGGGAGCUUGUGGAUGCGGAGGUAGUUGAAAUUUCACUUGCAGACCCGGACGACAACCCUGAUUGGGUGCAAAUGCGGCGCAAGAUGCGUGGUUCGUUCACGGCAUUGAACGUAGCCCAAUGUGAAGUCAGUGCCGAGCUACUGGACCACAUUAUGAUCGAGCUGUGCAAGUACUGGGCUAACGCUUCUGUCUCUGAGCAAUCUUACYCCAUUGAUCCGCAAUUGGAGCGGAACAUCAUGAAAGAGAUUCAAAACUUCCGGUUCAAACUAUUYGGUGUGGCCAUCGAAAUUGAACCGGAAUUACAGCAGCCGGAUCUAGAUGCGUACCAGGAACCGGUACCGCACCUAGAGCCGGAACCUAGUAGAAAGCCAAAAUCUUUCCGGAAGCAGCUACUGCGKCAGGAGCCAGAACCUUGUCGGACGCCAGAACUUUGUAGGAAGCCUGAAGCUCGCCAAGAGCCGAGCCAGUAUUCUCCACGAGAGCCAGAGCCGAGUCAGUAUUCUCCACGUGAGUCAGAGCCAUGUUGUUCACAGAAACCGAAACCGGAACCGGAAUCAUAUAUCUCACCGAAAUCGGAACUGUGCCAGAAGGCGGAACCUUGCUGCCCACGGAAACCAGAACUGUUCUGUCCACUGGGGCCAGAAGCAUACUGUUCACAAGAGCCAGCACCGUGCUGCCCACCACCAACAAAACCUAAGUGCUGCGCUCCUAGACGGUCUAGCAAGACCAAAAUGGCUGAAGCCCGARCUCGGCAUAACGCCACACAAGUUCGAGAUCGCGACGUCACAACCGGAUGGUUGGGAGGUCGUCCUAAUCCAUAA